AUGGCCACAACAACUGUACAAACUUCGACAGUACAGGCGACUGGUGCCAGUGACAAGUCGCAGUAUGACUUCGCGAACUUAAAACCAUACGUUCAUCCACCAGAGACAAAAGAAGAUUUACCUUGGUCUGAGCUGGUAACGCUCGAUCUGGAGGACUACAACCGACCGGGAGGCAAAGAGAGAUUAGCAAAGCAGUUGGAGCACGCAUUCUACGUCAAGAACUUCGGCCUCUCUCAAGACCAAAUCGACCGACAAUUCACCCUAGCAAAGAACUUCUUCGAGCUCCCCGUCUCCGAGAAAGAAAAAUUCGAAGUAAACUACGGCAUAGCCGACUACAACGGCUGGCGACGCCCUGGCCGCGCCACAGUAGGAAAAGCAAAAGACAACAUCGAGAUGUACAACAUCCCCAAGUUCAUCGAUGAUUUCAAGGGAAAAUACGACCACCCAGACCUCAUCAAGGCGCACUUGCCCGAGAUCGAAGUCUUCCAUCGCGCGCUUCAUGCAAAUGUCGUCUUGCCAUUGCUUCGUCUCUUUGCCAUUGUUCUACAAUUACCGGAUGAGGAGUACCUGGUGAAGCAGCACACUUACGAGAAGAAGUCGGAAGAUCACUACCGCUACAUGCUGUACCACCCUCGCUCAGACGAAGAAUGGGAAUCUGCGAACAACGGCGCAACAGGUGGCCAUACAGAUCUCGGAACCGUCACAUUGCUCUUCCGUCAACCUGUGGCUGGACUUCAGAUUCUUGGCGAAGAUGGAAACUGGACAUGGGUUAGUGCACAGCCGGGGACCAUCACCGUCAACCUCGCAGACACUAUCUCCCAUUUGACGGGCGGAUGGCUCAAGUCGUCUGUCCAUCGUGUACUCGCGCCGCCGAAGGACCAACGUGACCAGAAUCGGACAGGAUUGUUGUACUUUGCUCGUCCGCAUAAUGACACUAAGUUGCUGCCUAUUACGGAUAGCCCUGUGCUAGAGAAGGCGGGAGUGAAGCCUAGGUUUGACAAGAUCGUUACCAUGGAAGAGUGGGUCAAGGCGAAACAGACACUCCAGCUGAACCCGGACAUUGCGGCUAAGAGGUAUGCUGAGCGAGGAGAUGGGAAGGUUGAAGUGUUGGCUGGAUUUCAUGACCAGAAAUAUAAGGAAUGAAGACCAAC